AUGUCGACUACGAUCCUUUCCCAGGGUGUUGGGUAUGGCAUGAUCAUCGGCAUCUCCGCAGUCUUCGCCUUGUUCAUGGUCCUACUUACAUGGUGUCUGAAACGCUACAACAAUGAGCAGCAGACUUCAGAGGCAUUCACCACUGCUGGCCGUACACUGAAAUCUGGUCUCGUUGCGUCUUCGGUCGUCAGUACUUGGACCUGGGCAGCAACUCUUCUACAAUCGAGCGGCGUGGCUUAUAGAUAUGGUGUGUCUGGGCCAUUCUGGUACGCAGCGGGCGCAACUGUACAGAUCAUCCUCUUCGCUACUCUUKCCAUUGAGCUGAAGAGGAGAGCUCCGAACGCUCAUACUUUCCUGGAAGUUGUAAAGGCCCGAUAUGGGGGUGCUACACAUGGAGUCUUCAUCGUUUUCUGCUGCUUUACAAACAUUCUCGUCACUGCCAUGCUGCUCACAGGAGGCGCCGCCGUGAUCGAGAACCUAACUGGAGUUCCCACGGUUGCGACUGUAUUUCUCUUUCCCUUGGGAAUCGUGGUCUUCACAUUGUUCGGCGGCAUCAAAGCGACAUUCAUCACGGACUAUGUGAAUGCUUUGGUCAUCAUAAUAAUAAUUUUCAUCUUCGCCUUUGUUAUCUACACGACGAAUGCCAUCCUUGGGUCUCCUCGUCGUCUGUGGGAGAUCUUGGGGGAAAUCGCUGCUGAACGUCCUCUUGAGGGUAAUGCCGGCGGGUCAUAUCUUACCAUGCGAUCCCGUGGAGGCGGCGAGUUCUUCGUCAUCAACAUCAUCGGUAACUUUGGGACUGUCUUUCUUGACAACGGUUACUACAACAAAGCGAUCGCUGCAUCCCCUGUCGAUGCUCUUCCAGGCUAUGUGAUGGGUGGAUUGUCUUGGUUUGCAGUACCUUGGCUCACAGCGACUUCGAUGGGAUUGGCCGGUCUGGCGCUAGAGAGAUACGAUGUAUGGCCUACAUUUCCUGCUCGAAUGUCAAGCGCGGAUGUUACAGCCGGACUGGUUCUUCCAAACACAGCGGUUGCUAUACUCGGCAAGGGCGGCGCCAUAGCGACCCUUUUACUUGCUUUCAUGGCCAUAAUGAGCACAUACUCUUCCGAGCUUAUUUCGAUCUCGUCCAUCGCCACAUACGAUGUCUAUAAGAUGUACUUCCGGCCCUCGGCUCCUGGCAAGCAACUCAUGCGAGUCAACUAUGUCAGCAUGAGCCUCUUCGCCUUACUAAUGGGAGCCUUCUCAACCAUGCUCUAUUUAUGGGCUACCUCUACCUCCUAA